AUGCAGUUGUCAGCCCUGAGGCAGUGGGGAGACGUACUGCAGCUUGCCCACAUGCAGUUGUCAGCCCUGAUGCAGUGGGGAGACGUACUGCAGCUUGCCCACAUGCAGUUGUCAGCCCUGAGGCAGUGGGGAGACGUACUGCAGCUUGCCCACAUGCAGUUGUCAGCCCUGAUGCAGUGGGGAGACGUACUGCAGCUUGCCCACAUGCAGUUGUCAGCCCUGAGGCAGUGGGGAGACGUACUGCAGCUUGCCCACAUGCAGUUGUCAGCCCUGAGGCAGUGGGGAGACGAACUGCAGCUUGCCCACAUGCAGUUGUCAGCCCUGAGGCAGUGGGGAGACGUACUGCAGCUUGCCCACAUGCAGUUGUCAGCCCUGAUGCAGUGGGGAGACGUACUGCAGCUUGCCCACAUGCAGUUGUCAGCCCUGAUACAGUGGGUAGACGUACUGCAGCUUGCCCACAUGCAGUUGUCAGCCCUGAGGCAGUGGGGAGACGUACUGCAGCUUGCCCACAUGCAGCUGUCAGCCCUGAUGCAGUGGGGAGACGUACUGCAGCUUGCCCACAUGCAGUUGUCAGCCCUGAGGCAGUGGGGAGACGUACUGCAGCUUGCCCACAUGCAGUUGUCAGCCCUGAUGCAGUGGGGAGACGUACUGCAGCUUGCCCACAUGCAGUUGUCAGCCCUGAGGCAGUGGGGAGACGUACUGCAGCAUGCCGACAUGCAGUUGUCAGCCCUGAUGCAGUGGGGAGACGUACUGCAGCUUGCCCACAUGCAGUUGUCAGCCCUGAUACAGGGGGGAGACGUACUGCAGCUUGCCCACAUGCAGUUGUCAGCCCUGAUGCAGUGGGGAGACGUACUGCAGCUUGCCCACAUGCAGUUGUCAGCCCUGAGGCAGUGGGGAGACGUCCUGCAGCUUGCCCACAUGCAGUUGUCAGCCCUGAUGCUGUGGGGAGACGUACUGCAGCUUGCCCACAUGCAGUUGUCAGCCCUGAGGCAGUGGGGAGACGUACUGCAGCUUGCCCACAUUCAGUUGUCAGCCCUGAUGCAGUGGGGAGACGUACUGCAGCUUGCCCACAUGCAGUUGUCAGCCCUGAUACAGUGGGGAGACGUACUGCAGCUUGCCCACAUGCAGUUGUCAGCCCUGAUGCAGUGGGGAGACGUACUGCAGCUUGCCCUCAUGCAGUUGUCAGCCCUGAGGCAGUGGGGAGACGUACUGCAGCUUGCCCACAUGCAGUUGUCAGCCCUGAUGCAGUGGGGAGACGUACUGCAGCUUGCCCACAUGCAGUUGUCAGCCCUGAUGCAGUGGGGAGACGUACUGCAGCUUGCCCACAUCCAGUUGUCAGCCCUGAUUCAGUGGGGAGACGUACUGCAGCUUGCCCACAUGCAGUUGUCAGCCCUGAUACAGUGGGGAGACGUACUGCAGCUUGCCCACAUGCAGUUGUCAGCCCUGAUGCAGUGGGGAGACGUACUGCAGCUUGCCCACAUGCAGUUGUCAGCCCUGAUACAGUGGGGAGACGUACCGCAGCUUGCCCACAUGCAGUUGUCAGCCCUGAUACAGUGGGGAGACGUACUGCAGCUUGCCCACAUGCAGUUGUCAGCCCUGAUGCAGUGGGGAGACGUACUGCAGCUUGCCCACAUGCAGUUGUCAGCCCUGAUGCAGUGGGGAGACGUACUGCAGCUUGCCCACAUGCAGUUGUCAGCCCUGAGGCAGUGGGGAGACGUACUGCAGCUUGCCCACAUGCAGUUGUCAGCCCUGAUGCAGUGGGGAGACGUUCUGCAGCUUGCCCAUAUGCAGUUGUCAGCCCUGAUGCAGUGGGGAGACGUACUGCAGCUUGCCCACAUGCAGUUGUCAGCGCUGAUGAAGUGGGGAGACGUACUGCAGCUUGCCCACAUGCAGUUGUCAGCCCUGAGGCAGUGGGGAGACGUACUGCAGCUUGCCCACAUGCAGUUGUCAGCCCUGAGGCAGUGGGGAGCCGUACUGCAGCUUGCCCACAUGCAGUUGUCAGCCCUGAGGCAGUGGGGAGACGUACUGCAGCUUGCCCACAUGCAGUUGUCAGCCCUGAUGCAGUGGGGAGACGUACUGCAGCUUGCCCACAUGCAGUUGUCAGUACUGAUGCAGUGGGGAGACGUACUGCAGCUUGCCCCCAUGCAGUUGUCAGCCCUGAGGCAGUGGGGAGACGUACUGCAGCUUGCCCACAUGUAG